CGUCCAUUUCAUAAAAAGAAUCGCACGACGAGCGGCAAGAGACCCAUAUGACAGGAGCGCUGCGCUGUGUGUGAGGGAAGCCGAAUACACAGACUGAUCACCAGCCGCGCUCGUAAUAUGACUCAGCACCGCCGAGUCAGGCACGGGAGUGUGGCGCAGAGUGAAAAUAUUUAGUAUAUACGCUACAAGGAGAUAGGGCCAAGAAUUAAGGAUGGAUUUAUCAAGUCGGGACAAGAAUUGGUUAUCCCAAGUAUUGAAUAUUUUUAAGAACCCAGAGAGUGGGGAAAUAAGCAACACCCAGGGGGACAUUGUUAAAAAUCAGCGCACUAAGACCAAGACUAAGACAUGGUGGAAAAAGGUCUCUCUUGAGCAGUAUCUCCAGAAACAAAUUAUCCCAAGAGGACUGAGAAUUCAAGUGUUACCGGCAUACCCAGGAUGAGGAGAUUUUCAAAAAAUGGGAGGAGUCUUGUCAACUUCAGGAACAAGCACUACUAGCUCACGAUUGUCUAGAAGGGAACUGAGACAGAGACCAAAGGGGAAACAAAUGAUGGAUGCUGACGGUGAUUCGUCCUUGAAGCAGAGGAGGAAUUGUAAGCGCUCAGGGCACAAAAGGAUUUGUUAUUGGAACAAACAGAUGCAAUGGAGGAGGCUCUGACAACUACAACUACCAGCCAGGCAUCCAACCGCUGCACAUGGCUUAAUGCAUUAAAAAAACUUAACUUGGAUAACACCAUGGUGGCAAAUCUCAUGUGCAUAGCCCACCAUGCCAGUAAUUUCAAUAAAUACCAUAGAGCAAAUGAUCGGGCCCAUGGUGUCUUCCAGGUUGGUGCUGGCUUGUGGUGCCAAUGCCCUAAAUACCCAGGCCAGAAUCACUGCCAUAUCCCAUGUUCUGCCUUACGUGACCAAAACCUAAAUGAUGAUAUCCAAUGUGCUGUCACUGUUAUAAAAACCCAAGGAUAUGCUGCAUGGGGUGUCUGGAAACAACACUGUGAAAACAAAAACCUUCAAGAAUAUCUAACGUGUCCAACGACUUGUUAACUUGAUACAAGUGAUGAAAACACCGGAUGACUGAUGAAAUCUCUGGUGUCUCCUCUCUGAAUCACCAAUCACAUGUAAUUGUUCAUCUUCUGAAAUUGUCACAAAAAUCUAACAAAAAUAUUUCUUAAUCUACAAAUCAAUAAAAUCUUUAGAGCAUCAAGAUUCUGUGUUUGCCUAUUGA